AUAGGGGAGUCAACCUACGAGCACGGAAGGGCGUGGUACCGCUGUCCCUCUCUAAGUAAAGGUAAAGUCUCUCCUUCAGCUAGAAUGUAAGGAAAUUGAAAGAAGCGCGGAAAAAGGUCAAACGCGGUUGCUAGCAUCGAAGAGAGCCGUCAUCGACGAUAAAGUGGGAGUUCGGACUUGGCGAACGAGCUCUUCCCGCGGGGAGGAAAGCGGGGGCAGGCAAAAUAACCAUUCCGGUGGUUGAUAGUAGAGCAAAGGCUGGAUAAAACAUGGAUAGGCGUGCCUUAUCAUCCAAAAGGAUGUAGAAACAGGAAGGGCUCGUGGGGUCGAUCCCACAUCUCAUAGAGAGGAGGAAUACCAAGGAUGAUAAGGGAUAACUAACUCUACAGCUCACAGGAAUGGGAAAAGUCAUUCCACAUUACUCCAGUUUUUUCAUAGCUUUAUUUAAAGAGAAUAGGGAGUAAGGCUGAAAUGGCUAUACGGCUUUCAAAUUCUUUUUGAAACGUAUGUUGGUUGAAUUAAUAGAUGCUGGGGCGGGUCAUCCUUUUUUUUCGUCGAAUGUCCCGGGCCGAUUUAAAGAAAGAACUUUUCCUUUGCUGCAGGGCGGGGGAAAACCAUUCAAGCGCAGAGAUGGAGAUGGCUCUGCUGCGAUAGAGGAUGAAGGAGAAUCCGUAGGCAACUGGUCGUUACUAGAAGAUGAUAAAGAUGCAGGCUGCUCUUUAUUAUUAGAAGAGCGAAGUGCAAGUGCUGGCUGCUCAAUAGAGGGCUGCGACCCUGAUUCCCUUGGGACUCUGACUCCCCCUGAUGCACGGGAGGCGCAGGAAAAAGCACUGGUGAAGAAGAUCCAGAAGAUGCUGAUCCAAUAGGCGCCUACUAAAAUAAGGGGGAGUAGAAGAACUCGUGCUCAUGGAAGGUAACAUGCCGGGCCGUCGAAAACGAGAAGAAGGGUUCCUUUCUUUUUUCAGGUCGAAAAACUCCUCAUAGUCCGGGAGUUCACCCCGGCCUGUGUAGCCCGAUUGCCAGCUGUUGGAAUAGGCCCCUGUCUUAGCCACCUUAUUUUGAUUUGAAGGAGCAAGUCGGAAGUAUAGCAGUGAAGUAAAGCAAUACGGAAUGACUGUCUGAGGGAUCGAUACCACGAAAUCUCAGAUGCUACGAAUCUACUUAAGUAGAUGUGGAUACAGGAAUCUUCUCUUUGAAAGGUAACUAGCUCGCUGCUUCAGAUAACGAAUACAAAGAAAUAAGGAUAAGACACCGGAGAUAGUGGAGAGUGACUAGUGAUUUUUUUCUUGUGAUUUAGUUGGCAUAAGAAGACUCUUAGCUAUCAGGCCUGAAGGAGAUAGAACUUUUGAACCUUUAUGUUCCUAUAAUUUUCAUUUUAUUUCUCGAUGGCGGAUCUUUCCGUGUGUGCAUUGAUGCCGAGAAUGCAAGCUUUGGAAGAUGGUCAAGGAAGCAAGGCCCUACUAUCUUAUCUAUAGGGCUCCCAUGGGUAACAGUAGCAGCGUUAAACCAAGUAGUUCUUUCUUGUUAGAUUCCCCGGUUCCAAGUAUCAUAGUUAGUUUUCCUUAGUUGUUAGCUGUCAGUCUUGGCUGUCCUUUUCCUUAUGGCUUUUAGCUGUCUUACUUCUUAUUACUCUAUUUGGAAUCCCCCAUAGCCUUUCCCAA